UUUUACUGUACAAAUGACAGGUGAAGCUUAACAACACAAAUCUCUAGCCCCAUUUAAUAAAAUCAGAACUUUGUUGUAAACAGAGAAGAUGCAAGUGGGACAAAAAUGCAUAACGUUCAACCUUUUCAGAUUUUCAUAGAUUUAAGAAUUGUAACCGCCAUUGAAAAAAACUAAGGCUGCAAGUAACACAAUGGCAGCAAACCCUCCAGCACAAGGUUUUCAGAAUAAAAAUAGGGUUGCAAUUUUGGCAGAACUAGACAAGGAGAAGAGAAAGUUACUUAUGCAAAACCAGUCAUCCACAAAUCAUCCUGGAGCCAGUAUUGCACUUGCAAGACCUUCCCUUAAUAAGGAUUUCCGUGACCAUGCUGAACAACAGCACAUAGCAGCACAGCAAAAGGCUGCAUUACAGCAUGCACAUGCACAUUCUUCAGGAUACUUCAUAACCCAAGACUCUGCUUUUGGAAAUCUUAUUCUUCCUGUCUUACCUCGACUUGAGUUGGAGUGAGGGAUGUUAUUUCAGAGCAAAGGAGACUAAUUUGUGUCAGUUGUGGAAGCUGUUAUCUCCAAGACUGUUGAUAUAGUUUAAUCAAAACAACUGAGGACUUUUUUUUUUUUUUUUUUUAAAUGGAGUUUUACACCUUACAUUUUUAUUUAAAAAAUAAGAAAGCCUGUUUCAUUCCGGAUUCGCAUACACUCCCUCCUUCAGGAAGGUCAGAUUCAACCAUGGAAAAGAUGUGUUAUAGAGAACUAAUAAAUUGAUUAUAUUCUUUCUCUA